CCCGCCCGCCGCUGAGGGGCCGCGGGGAAACCGCACCCCGCCAGCGGGGCUGCGCCGCGCCCGGCCUGCCUUACCCCGCGGCGCCUCCUCGCCUCCGGCCAGCGGGAGCGGGCUGUCCGCGCCCGGCGGCGGGGGGAAAAUGGCCCAAGCUACCACACCAGCAGCGUCCAUCCAUGAUGAGGACUCUUCUGAAAGCAGAAUGGUGGUUACAUUCCUCAUGUCAGCGCUUGAGUCAAUGUGUAAAGAACUUGCCAAGUCCAAGGCAGAAGUUGCCUGUAUUGCUGUAUAUGAAACAGAUGUGUUUGUAGUUGGAACUGAGAGAGGAAGAGCCUUUGUCAAUUCCAGGAAAGAUUUUCAGAAGGAUUUUGUUAAAUACUGUGUUACAGAAGACGAGAAGGCUGCGGAACUGCAGAAAACAAAGACUGUGCCACCUGUAAACAGACUGACGGUGGAUAUCGUGGAACAGGAAGCUCUCAGAAAAUCUGUGGAGGACUUUUUCUGCUUUUGCUAUGGUAAAGCUUUAGGAAAGUCAACAGUGGUACCUGUGCCAUAUGAGAAGAUUCAGAGGGACCACUCUGCUGUGGUAGUGCAGGGCCUGCCCGAAGGACUUGCAUUUAAACAUCCAGCAAAUUACGAUGUUUCAACCCUGAAAUGGAUUUUGGAAAACAAGUCAGGGAUCUCAUUUAUUAUCAAAAGGCCAUUCCUAGAGCCAAAGAAACACCUAGGAGUUCAUAUGACGGAUCCUUCGCAUUCAGUUAUACCUCCAGGUGGAAGCUGUCCUCCUGUUCAAGUGAAAACUGAACCAAACGAGGAUUCUGGAAUUUCUUUGGAAAUGGCAACAGUAGCAGUGAAGGAGGAAUCAGAUGAUCCUGACUACUAUCAAUAUAAUAUUCCAGCAGGCCCUUCCGAAACAUCAGAGAUGGAUGAAAAAAUUGCUCUUGCAAAAAGUUACACAGAUUCCUCCCAGCAUGCCCCUUCAGAAACAAGUGAGGAUCCUGAGGUCGAGGUCACCAUCGAAGAUGAUGACGACUACUUGCCCCCUAACAAGAGACCAAAGAACACCGAGUCAGCUAAUGAAGCUGCCAAUACAGGGAGAAGAAAAGUGCGAGAGUUCAAUUUUGAGAAAUGGAAUGCGCGAAUUACAGACUUGAGAAAGCAAGUUGAAGAGCUGUUUGAAAAAAAAUAUGCUCAAGCUAUAAAAGCAAAAGGUCCAGUGUCCAUCCCAUACCCACUCUUCCAAUCACACGUGGAAGACUUAUAUGUGGAAGGGCUGCCAGAAGGAAUUCCCUUCAGGCGGCCAUCCACGUACGGCAUUCCCCGCCUUGAGAGGAUACUUCUAGCAAAGGAGCGGAUCCGGUUUGUGAUUAAAAAGCAUGAGCUUUUGAAUUCGACACGAGAAGAUGUACCAUUGGACAAACCAGUUGCAGGAGUGAAAGAGGAGUGGUAUGCCAGAAUUACCAAACUGAGAAAGAUGGUAGAUCAACUCUUCUGUAAAAAGUUUGCCGAGGCCUUGGGGAGCACUGAGCCUAAAGCUGUUCCGUACCAGAAAUUUGAGGCGCAUCCUACUGACCUCUGUGUUGAAGGGCUGCCAGAGAACAUCCCCUUUAGGAGUCCCUCGUGGUAUGGAAUCCCUCGCCUUGAAAAAAUAAUUCAAGUGAGCAACAGAAUAAAAUUUGUGAUCAAAAGGCCGGAGCUGCUAACUCUCACUUCAACCGAAGUUAUUCAGCCCAGGUCGAACACCCCAGUCAAAGAAGACUGGAACGUCAGGAUCACAAAGCUAAGAAAGCAAGUAGAAGAGAUAUUUAAUAUGAAGUUUGCCCAAGCUCUGGGGCUUUCAGAGGCAGUGAAAGUUCCCUAUCCUGUAUUUGAAUCAAACCCUGAGUACUUGUACGUCGAAGGCUUGCCAGAAGGAAUCCCCUUCCGGAGUCCCACAUGGUUUGGAAUUCCACGCCUUGAAAGAAUUGUCCGUGGGAGUGGCAAAAUCAAAUUUGUUGUUAAAAAGCCUGAGCUUGUCACUUCCUAUUUGCCCCCAGGACUGGCGAGUAAAAUAAACACUAAAGCAAUGAGUCCAAAGAGUUCAAAAAGGUCACGAAGUCCUGCAGGCAAUUCAAAGGUCCCAGAGCUGGAAGUUACUGUUGAAGAAGGUCCUAAUAAACCACAAACAACAGAUGUUCGAACUAAUUCUCAAACCAAUGGGUCCAAUAUGAGUUUCAAGCCACGAGGAAGAGAAUUUUCUUUUGAGGCGUGGAAUGCCAAAAUUACUGACUUAAAGCAGAAAGUUGAAAAUCUUUUUAAUGAAAAAUGUGGGGAAGCACUGGGGCUGACUGAACCAGUGAAGGUGCCGUUUGCACUGUUUGAAUCCUUCCCGGAGGUUUUCUAUGUGGAAGGACUACCUGAGGGGGUGCCAUUCCGCCGACCUUCCACUUUUGGAAUUCCAAGACUAGAGAAGAUCCUGAGAAACAAAUCGAAGAUAAAAUUCAUUAUUAAAAAGCCUGAGAUGUUUGAGGCGGCUGUUAAGGAAAGUUCUGCUAGAAGCCCCCAAAGAAAAAAUAAUUCAUCUAAUGUAGCCAACACAGCAAGCACCACAACAAACACAGUGGUGAACACAGCUGCAGGUGUUGAAGAUCUUAACAUCAUUCAAGUAACUAUACCAGAUGAUGAGAGUGAGCGACUGUCAAAAGUAGAGAAGGCCAGACAAUUGAGAGAGCAAGUAAAUGAUCUUUUUAGCCGGAAAUUUGGUGAAGCCAUUGGUAUGAAUUUUCCCGUGAAAGUCCCAUACAGAAAAAUCACUAUCAACCCUGGCUGUGUGGUGGUGGAUGGGAUGCCUCCCGGUGUGGCAUUUAAAGCUCCCAGUUAUCUGGAAAUCAGCUCGAUGAGGAAGAUUUUGGAAUCAGCAGAGUUUAUCAAAUUUACUGUCAUUCGACCAUUUCCAGGGCUUGUGAUUAACAAUCAGCUGAUGGAAAAAGCUGAAGCAGAGGCACCGCCAACAGCACCAGCAGCAGCACCAGUACUGCCAGGUGAUGCAGAGUGUGACACGUGUCCCUGCAGAAGGGAGCCAGCUGAACCAAGCCAAAUACAAGUAUCUGUAGGAGAUACUACAGAAACAGAAGAAAAUUCUCAAAUAAAGCAAGAACCAGACCCGACGUGGUAGACCUCAUCAACACUGGUCAGAAGAAUCCAGUUCUGAGAAGAGCCCGCCGGGACUAUCUUGAGCUGUGUAAUAUAAUUGUAUAAGAGAAGUACCUUCUAUACAAACCCUUUUUGUACUUUUAGAUAGAAAUGUCUACUUUUUCAGCAGUUCUGUGAAUUGACUUAAAGCAAAGAAUGACUGUAGAUUUGGAAUGGCUGGUUUUACUUUGGAAUAUAUUAUAAGGACUAAAUUUGAUGCAGAAGUGCUGGGGAGAUGACAGGGAUUAAAAUCAACAGGGACUUAACAGAUGCCGUCUACAUUUCCCAGUAAAGCUGAAUUUCACUGUACCUGAAUGCAUCUCAGCUUUUGUAAUGCAGAAAAAUUCCUGCAGGUAGUUCAGUUUGUUAGUUUUACUUUGGGAAAAAAAAAAAAUCAUUAAUUCUUACUCCUUUAAUGGCUGAUUGGACAAUAGUAUCUGUAUAUUUGAACUAAUUUUUCCUAUUACAUCUAUCACAAUUCGUAUGUUUUUCAUAAAUAAAAGAUAAACUGGUUCACUUGACCGUUAGUACGCAUUAAUGAGAUGGACUGUGAAAAGGGACAGUAUUUCGUUGUGUGGAUUAGGAACCGAUUUAAAUUGAACCUGUUAUGGUUUGUUCCAUUAACUCAAAGUAGUAAGUGCAUGUUGUAUCAGAAUAUCACAUGGUUUAUAUAUGAUGGGUCUGGUCUUGCAGUCCUAAUGUAGGCAAAACUCGCAUGGACCUGUGUGAGAGCUUUUCUCCUGAAGGCUGUGGGAGAUGCCCUUCUGUUCAUCUAGUUAUGGAAGCAUAUGCUACAAGCUGCUGUAAGUCCUACUAUGUCAAAAGUUAAGUCCCUUAUAGUCCCAGUUAUGCCCCACAUCAUGUAUGCAUUUUUUUUAAGUUUCACAAACCGUAAGAGAUGUAAAGUUCUGGCUAUAUGAUAAUCUCGAUAGAGAAGAUGCAGAUUAUUGUAAAGGAUACUCUUUUAUUGGCAUGAGUUUGGGAUGAUUGCAUUAUGCACAAGUGGUAAACCUGAUUCCCUGAAUAAGAAAUAAAGACCUUUCUGAUGGUU